AUGGCCUGGACAGCGCAAGGCUUCAAGCGGCUCUUCCAAAGGAAGGCUGCAGAUUUCAAAACGCACGGCGAGCUCAGCGAGGUGGUCGAGGAGGUGGUCGAGGAGUCCGAGUUAUUCGACCGCGCCGCCUGGCCCCCGCCACCUCCCUACCUGCAGGUCGAGGAUGUCAACGAGACCGAAGCAGCACAGCAUCUUCUGGAACCCCUUGAAGCUGAAGAGGACCUUGAGGAGAAGCCAUCGACAAGAGCCGAUGGUUUCACACGAGAGCGCCAGUUCUGGCGCUGGACUGGUGCCCUGGGGUGGUCCUUGAACCUUAUCCUGCUUUGCUGGGCCUUGUUCUUACGCAAAGCUGGACUUGUCAAUCAGGGUCAAGCGGAGGAGGGACUGGAUGUGGAGCCAGCUCAGAGCCUGAAAAUGGACACCACCACCUAUGCUGACCUCGUGGCCAGCCAACUUCAAGAAGAGAGGUACGUCUCCGAAUCCAACAAUGCUCUGGGAACCAUCCUGGCGGGCCUCGGCUCCAAGUUGGAGUCGCUGCGCUCUGGUGCGGAGAGGCUUAUGAAGCCAACAGAUGAAGCCCUGCCUCGAUAUGAUGACGUGAUGUUGUCAAGGUUGAUCAGUGACCUGCAGGCCGGAAUCGAGGACCAGCUUGAAAUCCUGGGAAACAAGGAUGCAGAAGUGCUGGAGAAGCUGCAGCAGAAGCCAGAGAUCCUUCGCCAGCUUGCUGAUGAGCCAGUACCAUCACCUGAGCGCCCGAACAAUGGACUGCUCCCAGAGGAGCUGCCGCAGUUCGUUGAACAGUCCUUGGUGCCUAUCGUGAUAAUCUUGGGCUCCUCCUUUCUUGUGGCCGUGCUCUCCCGCCAAUUUCUGCGAGUGGUCACCGAGUGGAGACGCAGCAGGGAAGAGACAAAGGCCGAGCGAAUGCGGAAAAUUCAGAAACGUCGCUUUCAGGCUUUCACAGGAGUUUUCAAUGGUGCGCUGGAAAAUCUGGCCACAGGUCAGUUCACUGAGGCUGCCAAAAGCUUCGACCAAGUGGCGAACUUCGCCAAUCGAUGGGCGUCGGAGCCGACGUGGGAGGAGCUCGUUCGUGCUGAGAUUGCAGCAUUUUGGGAACGUUGGGGUCCGCAGGCAUACCGCUUGGAGGCAAAUAUCGGCGACUGGACAGGCGUGCCACAGUCAUCUACUUCAGAGCAGUUCAAGUGGGUGGCCGACAGAUGGUUUACUUCUGCGCAGUCUGUGGUCAAGGAUUUUGCAUUCGACGCUGUCAAAGCAUGGGGUGAGGAAGCCUCGCGAGCAGCUUCUGCUGCCCGUCGUGCUGCACGGCUCCGCAGCAAGGCGCCGCCUGACCGAGGUCGAGGCCUCGUUAUCCGCAUUUUCGGCCGCUGGCCGGCGCCAGAGGACUGGGUAAACAUUGCCAACCUUCCGCUGGCCGGCGACUGGCGCGAACAAGCACUGCGACUGCUACUUCCAUCUGCAAAGGAUGUGCAGGACCCGAGCGUGGCAAGCACGCCGCGCGUUUCAGAGCUGCGAUGGCCGCUUCUGGUGCUCUCCUUGAACUUUGUUUUCGUGGCGUCCUCGCACUUCCACAAGCAUGUCCGCAAGGCAGAUGUGGCCCAAACGCACUCUGGACACCACAGAUCGCAGUUGCGACGCUCCGCGGAUUCAAUUGAGGAAGCUCUCUCCAUGGAUGAAGAGGUUAUACGUGUCCACAGAGACAAGCUGCAGCAGCAGCAGGAGGAGUUCGCGAAGAAGGAAGCCAAUACGGCUCCAAGCCUGGCCUUUACCCUCCGUGAGCGCCAUGCGGCCGAUCAAGAAGAGUCGCAGAGUGACAGGUAUGGUGGUAUGGCCAUGGAAGCAGUAGCGGCCGUGCAGUCGCCCAUUUCAGCCAAGCUUACGAAGGAGGAAUUGGAAAAGCUCCUCGCACAGCUGAGCCCUGUUUGCCACAAGCAAUUCCAGGCCAUGCUCCAGGGACAUGGCAAAGCGAGAGACUUGCAUCAUUUCGGCAACUCAAGUCAGAAUGCUGCAGAAACUUGCAGCACUUUGGGUGGAGCCCUAUGUGAAAACCAUGCGCGGAUCUUGCAAACCAACGUGGUUGCGGAUGGCCGCAAAAUGGUCGCGAAGUCUAUGGUGGACGGAAACAGCUGCUUGCCAAGGAAAUGCAUUCAGGAUUCGGACUUGCGACUGCUGGCGGGCAUGUUGCAGCGCAAAGCUGUAGAAGCUCUGGGCCCGGCAUCAGUGGGGCAACAGCCUGUCGAGGUUCUGCUGGACGUUGAUUGCACCUCCAGUGGUGGGUCCAGCUACUCUGCCACCCGUGAGUGGUCCAUGGAGCGGGCUGGUCCCGCCCGCUCUAGCAGUGUACAGACUGCCCUAUCCUCUUCCAUGGCUGUACUUCUUGCUUGGCAGCUGUUUUGA